GGUAAAUGUAUUUGCUGUUGGGAAACAAUUUUUUACGAUGGUAAUUUUGUACUUGCUGUUUCGGAAGCGAGGAGGACAAACUUUCAGAUGGAUUUUCACCCUGCGGUGACCAGCAGUGAUCCUGGAAUUGAGGACAGGAUUCGACGCCAGUUAGUCGAUCUUGUCCACGUGGCAGAAGAUAAACGAUAUGGUGCUGUACUGGAUAAGAUCGGAGAUGCGUCCAUCGUCUUGAUAGGCGAGGCAACACACGGCACUCAUCAGUUUUACCGCGCGCGCGCGGAGCUGACUCAGCAGCUGAUCGAGGAGAAAGGGUUCAAUACGGUGGCCGUCGAGGCUGAUUGGCCCGACGCGUAUCGGGUCCAUCGCUACGUGCAGCAGCAGAGCAAGGACACGUGUGCGGAGCGGGCGCUGGUGGACUUCCAGCGCUUCCCCGCGUGGACGUCGCGCAACACCGACGUGGUCCGCUUUGUCGAGUGGUUGCGCGCGCAUAAUCUCCCCCUGCAGGCGGAGAAGCGCGCCGGGUUCUACGGUCUGGAUCUCUACAGUCUGUAUCGCUCGAUCGAGGCCGUCAUUAACUACCUAGAUGGCGUGGAUCCCGACGCGGGGAAGAGCGCGCGCCAAUGCUACGGCUGCUUCGAGGAGAUCUAUGAAGACCCUCAACAGUACGGUCUUCUGACUAAUUACGCCGCCAGCAAGAACUGCGAAGAGGAAGCAAUUAAGCAGUUGAUGGAGGUGCGAGACAUGGCGAUGGCCAAAGCACGUUCGGACGGAUUCAUUAAUGACGAAGAGGGGUUCUUCUAUGCUGAGAUGAACGCCCGCCUUGUGCUGAAUGCGGAACGAUAUUACCGAGAGAUGUUCAAAGGGAGGGAUGCCGGCUGGAACUUGCGCGAAGGGCAUAUGUUCGAAACACUGGAGGCGUUGAUGACUCAUCGGACGGCAAAGGGGCACCAUCCUGCAAAAGCGGUGAUCUGGGCGCACAAUUGGCACGUGGGUGAUGGCCGCUUCAUGGAGAUGAUGACAAAGCGCGGGGAACUUACACUAGGUCAGCUGAUUAAGGAGAGGUACUCUGACAAUUCUUACUUGAUUGGAUUGACCACGUAUGAAGGAACAGUGGCUGCUGCGUCGGACUGGGGCGAUCCGGUGGAGCGGAAGAUCGUGCGGCCAGCGUUGCCCGAGAGCUACGAAGCGCUCUUCCAUUCAAUCGAGUGCCCCGUCUUCUUCCUAGACCUCAAGAACGAGGAGAUGGCGGAAGAUCUGCGCAAGCGCCGGCUCGAGCGCGCCAUCGGCGUGAUAUAUCGUGCGGCGAGCGCUGCGGGACUCACCCACUACUUCUAUGCUCAGCUGAGCGGGCAGUUUGAUGGAGUGAUGCACUUCGACAAGAGCGAUGCAGUUAUUCCCCUGGAGCCCACAGGUGGCUUGUUCGCGGUAGACGUACCCGAGACGUACCCAACCGGGAUAUGAUGACGUGGGUGACUGCGUAAGCAAAAGAGGAGUUGAUCUUGUCGGUCAACGUUGAGAGGGUUAAUGGAGGUCAUGACAGCUGGCGGAAGAGAGAGAGAGAGAGAGAGAGAGAGAGAGAGAGAGAGAGAGAGAGAGAGAGAGAGAGAGAGAGAGAGAGUUGUCUCACUGACUCAGUAAAAGAAGAGUAACUGU